GUUGCUGGUGGAAACAGCUGGUGGUUUCUGUCAGCGAACUCCUCGAGAUCGAGAGCAACGUUAUUGCGAAUAAAAGUUCAAAAUAGACUCGAAACCGACUGAAGGCGCUCUUAUUUGAAUUUCUGCGGCUGUCAGAGCAGACGUCGGGUCAUGUCAUCCCGUAAAAGCCACUUUUUGUGAGGCACUUGUUAAUUGACGCUUCAGUCUGUUAGCACUGAACCGCUAUCGCUCGGUGCACCGGCUGCUAACAUCAGCUAGCUAACUUUGUAGUCCCAUAGCAACUGGCACAGUGCAGGCUUCCUGGCAUCGCAGAAAAGCUGUCAGCUGUCGGUUUUUAGUCAACUUUGGACUGAGGGAGGUUUUUUUUCUCAUCAUGCCUCACAUUCAUUAUAAAUUCUCCUCCAGACUCAGCUACGACACGGUGGUUUUUGAUGGCGUGCACAUCACGCUGAAUGAGCUGAAGAGGCAGAUCAUGGGCAGGGAGAAGCUCCGAGCCGGGGACUGCGACCUGCAGAUCAUAAACGCGCAGACCAAAGAAGAGUACACUGACAGUGGCAGUCUGAUCCCCAAAGGUUCAUCUGUCAUCAUCAGAAGGAUCCCCAGCUCGAGCAGCAAGACCCACAACAAUGAGCGAUCAGAGGUCCAGCUUUACCACGCCUUUGGAGCCAGCAGAGCAAUGGAUGAUCACAGUUCGACAAGAGCCUUGUCCUUUUUCUCCAAGAUGCAGAUGGCUAACCUGGUUGAUGUGGAUGCAUCAGAGGAGGAUAAGAUCAAAGUUAUGAUAAAUCAGUCCAUCUAUGACCCCAUGAAUUUAAACACAAAACCCAGCAAUGUCCUUUCUGCGAAUUACACCUGUUAUCGCUGUGGAAAUCCAGGACACCACAUCAGGAACUGUCCUUCCAGCGGGCAGGAUAAAAACUCUGAGGCACCUGUGAGGAUAAAGAAGAGCACGGGCAUCCCACGUUCCUUCAUGGUCGAAGUGGAUGAUCCCAACAUAAAAGGCGCCAAGCUGACCAACUGUGGGCGCUAUGCAAUCCCUGCCAUAGAUGCAGAGGCAUAUGCUAUUGGCAAGAAGGAGAAACCUCCCUUCCUUGCACAGGAGCCCGAGUCUGAAGACCAGGAUGAUCCCAUACCUGGCGAGCUCCUCUGUCUGAUCUGUAAUGAACUGUUGGCUGAUGCCGUGGUCAUACCCUGCUGUGGAAACAGCUACUGUGAUGAAUGUAUUCGCACUGCCUUGUUGGAAUCAGAGUACCAUAUCUGUCCCACCUGUGACCAAUCAGAAGUCUCUCCUGACACCUUGAUAGCCAAUAAAUUUCUCAGACAGGCGGUCAACAGUUUUAAGAAAGAACAAGGACAAGACAAAAGCUUGAAAAGAAAACCAGCCACAUCCCAGUCUCAAAAUCUAACUCCAGCCCCCUCUGUCCCUACCCCGCCCCCUCUGCCCAUGCAGAGCCAGCCACAGAAACCUCAGCAGUCAUCCCAAAGCCAGCAGGACUCUCUUCUGGAUCAUCUAAAGACUGCAAAUACACCACCACAGUCUCAAGUCUCUGAGGUUCAACCUGCAACUACAGACCCAGCCUCUAAGAAUGACACAGCAGGCACAUCCCUCCAGCCUCCAGAAAACCAGCUAGAAAUAUCUGAGAAUGAGAUUGAAGGAAAGAUGUGCAGUGACUCAGCAGGUGCUGCCCUGUCUGGAAAGGUUUCAAACAAAGAUCCGACUGAUCCACUGUCACAGCCCAUAACACCGGAUGAUGACUCAGAGCAGCCUCUGACAGGUAGCGUCAGUCAAGAGAAUCAACACUCCUGCUCAGGUCCAACCCCAGUAUACCCUGAAUCCUCAGUCAGCUUGGAGAGCUCUUCUUCAUCUUUGGUUUGUCUCGCUGGAGGAAAGACUGAAUCUAAUACCCAGCAGCUUUCUACCAUGCCCUCCACAUCCUCCUCCUCUUCAUAUUCGAAUACUCCACCACCUCUUUUUCCCUCCCCACUUUUUCACACGUACUUAUCAGCUCAACAGUCGCACAGCACUUACCCUCCUGGAUACCCACCUGCCACACCCAUCUGGACCCUUCCAGCCCCCCAGGGUACCCCUAUCCCAUCCCUUUGCUCCUCUACUACCACCUCCUCCCCCAUCCCUCGCCUCAUUCCCCAGGAGUGGUACAAGUAUCAGAGAAAGAAAAAAGAGAGGUCACCUCAAAGAGCAUCUGGCUACAGACGCUCCUCUUCACAUUCAAAGUCUUCCACAACCAAGGCCUCUUGCUCCUACUCUCACUCUUCAAGUCGCUCUGAGUCUCGCUCUCGCUCCAGAAGCAGAUCAAGACACCGCUCUCCCUACUCUCAUCAGAGAGACCUGCACACACGCUCUCGCCAGCCUAGCUCUUAUACCUACGGUUAUAAACGCUCGCGCUCACCUACACCGUCCUCGUCGUCUUCACCUCGAAGGGCUCGUCAUUCCAGGUCCAAGUCUCUAUCAGGCAGAAAGGACCGCCAUCACAGUCGCCAUCUUAGCAAGAAGUCAUCUUCAAGCAGUAACCACUCCAGGAAGCGGGGAGAACGCUCAGGGAAGGAAGCGGCACGCUCUGAGGACAGUAUUUCCAGAAACACGUGCACAAGUCGAGCAAACAGCCUGGAGCUGGACAGGGAGUGCUACCUGCAGUGGAAGAAUGAGUACAAAGAGUGGUAUGAGAAAUAUUUCAGCAGCUAUCACCAGCUCCACCAGCUGCCUGUUCCCUUACUCAGUCUUCCUCCUCCUCCUCCUCCCCCUCAGUGGGUGAGCACAGACAGAAGCAGAAAUCAAUCACAAGCCAGCUUAAACUCUCGCUACCAACCACAAGAUAGAUGCCCUGUUGAGAUGGAUGGCUGCUCCCCCUCGUCGGAGUCAUCCAGUGACAGUCGCUCUCCCCUAUCUCAUUCUUCAAGCGAGAGUCGCUCCACGCCGUCUCAGUCAUGCAGUGACAGCAGUUCCUCUAUGUCUUAUAAGGCUAAUGACAGCCGAUCACCUCCAUCUCAGUCAUCCAGUGAUGGUCGCUCCACGCCAUCUGAAGACAGAGCUCAGCCAAGAGCAUCUACUGAGAGGUGCAAUGAGAAGUCAAGACAUAAACAAGUCACGCUUUCAAAGAGUAGCACGGAAAUGAAACUGCAAGGACCGAGUACAGACAAUAAGCCACUGAAAAAACUGGAGGAGUCGAGCCCACUGAAACAUGAACAAAAGAAGAAGAAGAAACAACCUGAAGACAAUGGACAGGAGACUUCGCCCCCUCAUGCUGAAAGCUCUAGAGAUGACAGCAGAAAAGACAAGAGGAAGCGCAGCAGUGAACCAAAGGCCUGCAAGCAUAGUACUCCAGUACAGAAAGAUUCAGACCAAACUGUCCUGAAACAAGACCAACCUGAAAGAAAAUUCAUAGAAAGCAAUUCAGAAGGAGAGGAAUGCUGGAAAAGAGGCAAAGAUUUAGACUUCAGUGAUGGGAAGAGACAGCACAAAGCAAAACCCAACAAAGAGCUAGACGGGACGAGCAAAGAGCGAGAAGAAAACCCUGGAGGCAGCAAAGCUACUGACUCUAGAUCAGAGAAGAAUAGGAAAAGAAAGAAUGAGGAUCUGGUGAAGAAUGAAAGGGAUGGUAGUCUUUCUGGUGAGAUGCAAAGUGGCAAACACCUGAAAACGAAAACAGCAGAGAAGCCUGAAAACCGUCUUAGUGAAUUCCUGAAACCACUUGACAAAGAGAAGCAAAAAACAGAGAAGAAGUCAGAGAAGAAAACAUGGCCUCUGACAGCGAAAGACAUCUGGGAGGAAGGGAUGAAGGUGAAACCGCAGAUGAAGAUAAGCAUCAACAUCAACCUGGAUGGCAAAAGGACAGAGGAGAACAAUGGAAAACACGAGGUUACAGGGAAGGCGCAGGAAAACAUCGAUUACCCUGAAAAUAGAGAAGAGGCACAGAGGGUCAACAGAGGUGAACUAAAUGAAAAGGAAUCCAGUAGAAACCAGGAAGACCGUUCUGAAGACAAACUGAUACAAGGUGAGGGAGAAAAAAGGCUGACAUGGGACAAAUUUACCUUCAGAGAUGAUAAGGGAGCGAUUGCAGGAGAGGAGGAAGACACCAGAGAAAGAAAAGACGAUGAAGACGAGGGGGAAUUAGACUUAUGGCACUGUGCGCUCACAGGAGUGGAGGAGAGUGAGACAGGAAAGGGGGAAGAAGAGAGUUUGAGAGAUGAUGACAAAGAUCAAGAGAUGGGAGACUUGCAGAAGGAGCAAGAAAACAGAGAAGCGUGGAAGGAGGAGCUAAAGGAAGGUGUCGAGAUGAUGACGAGGGAGCAAGGUACACUGAGGUUCAGCUCAUCAAGGAGCAAAAAUGAAGGCCACCAAGAUGGACCUAACACCAAGCUGGGUGAUGGCAGCCAUGAAGAAGAGAGUCGUCAGAGGAGGACAGGGGUGAAAACGUUGGAGAAAUACACCCAAGAAAGAUGGAAGGAGCUGGUACACGUUCAGGCACCCCGAUCAACAUGGGAGAGAGAUGAUGAUGAGGAUGAAGGAAAAGCCAGAGUUCACACUGACCAUGUUUCUUUGACUCUGCCUCAACCGUCAGUGACCAACAAAGCCGAGGGUGACGAGGAACAGCAGGGAGAGAGGCGCAGGGAGAAAGAGAGAGACUCUGCUUGCUCCUGGUCACACAGAAGUGUGGCUCCCUCUAGUGGCAAAGACGGAGCUGUUAGCACCACGUCUGCAGAUGCAGGCAGGGAGACGAGGAGAGAGAUGGACAGGCAGAGGAACAGAGAGAGGGAGAGGCAACAAGAGAGGAAAAGGUCAAAAGAACAAACAAGAGAGGACGGAAUCGGGAGAGACAGGGACAAAGAGCAAAAACGCACUGCCUCUCUCCCCACCUCCUCUCAGUUUUACUCCUUCUCAACAUCACACAAUGCAGAUAGGACAGAUCUGCAAUACGGGGGCAGCCAGGGUAGCAACAAGAGUUCAUCCUGUCCCAGCAAGAAAUUCACCAGUGCCAGAAACAGGGAAAGCAACACGAUAAGCAAGGAACCCAACCUGCUUGAAAAAGAGGCACAGAAAACACACAGAGACCCAUCACUAAAUCUCAGAUACAAAGAUAAAGACUACAGCCACUACCACAGUAACCACCAAGAUUCAUCAGGGAGUGAUCGAAAUAAAGACAGAGCUCCAGGGACACACCACUCCCACAGCCGGGGUAAAGGCAGAGACCCGCUCCCCUUUGAAUCUCCUGGAUACUCUCAAAGAGAUUCCCCUCAUUUGGGGUUAAUGCAGAGCAAAGCUGGAAAAGAAGAGCGGAAACCAAACAAGGCUCAGAAAUUCGUCAAAGAAGGCAAAGAGGGGAGAGAACAUCGAGGGAUGAUGGCUGUGCAGGGAGGAGGUGCCUGGUGGGAGCAUGAGGCUGAUUAUAAAGUGGAUGGAGUAGAAAACUGGUUUGGUGGAGGGAGGGAUCUGGAGGAAGGGGAGAUGCUCAGCAGCCGAAGCAGCAGCGUCAGCUCGUCAGCGAGCCCGGGGAACAGCAAAGAGGAAAAGAGGACAGAGAAGGAGAGGAAACAAAAAAGGCAGAAAAAAGAGAAAAGGCAGGCGACCCCGGAGCAGCCGCAGGACGGAGAGCUGAAGAAACACAAACACAAGAAGUCCAAGAAAAGAAGAGAUGGCGCAGAAGCUAGCGGAGGAGAGGGGGCCGACAGGUGGAAACGAAAGGAAAACCACUGAUCUCCACUCGGAUGUGUCACCUCAACUCUAAAAAUGAAGUUAAAUUUACUUGAAUGAUGUUUUAUUUUCUCUGACCAACAGGUGCCUGGAUUUUGUUUUGUUGUUGUUGUUACUUUUGUUUAAUUUUUGCUCCAGGAUACGUUUUGUAUCACGUUAAGAUCUUCAUAAUUCAUUUAUAGCAUUCGCAAUCCUCGUAUAAAAUUGUGAAGAAAUGGCACUUUAUACAAAAUCAAAAAAAAUGAAUGUGACUGAAAUCACACGGCGAACCUUAACGCUCUUGAAUUAUUUUGACUUGAAGGAUUUUUGCACUUGUUUACAACUUGCUCAGGACUGCCAGCAGUUACGAUUCACAUGAAUCUGCUAUGGAUGGAAAUCUUACAUUUUGAAUAGUCAGUCAAUAAUUUGCCUUGCCUUGCACAGGGGUGCGUUUGGAUUACUGAGAAAAAGAUUGUGAGCAUUUAAAAUGCACAGCCUACUGUGAAUAUUUAGGAUUUAACCUCUGUGUUGUAUUUUGUUUAUUUAUAAUUUCUUUUAUGUUUAAUCUAAAAACUGCUGGAUAGAUGAAUGAUUUAGUAGAGGCAAGUUUAGUUUUUCCUGUUUUGAGGGAA